UGUCGCUUAGACUCAGAUAGUCGCGGAGCGUGCACGAAGUGAUGCGGGCGCAGUUGUGAUCGAGAGGCGAAGUCGUGAUCGAAAUCACGACGGGAGCAGUUCGUCGUCGUUGAGGCGCCGUUGAAAUCGUGAAAAUACAUCAAGAAAAAUUAAUAAUCGUCAAUUAAAAGUUUCAAUUAUUUACAAUCGUAAUAUAUUAUCAUAUUAUUAUAAUUAUCAAUUGUCUACAAUAUUAUACUAUAAUAUUACUAUAUAUAAUUAUCAAUUAUUUACAAUUAUGUCGUUAUAUAAUUGAGUGAAUUACGGCGAACGAAAAUCUACAAUUCGACGAACUCCUGUUGUGAUGUGGAGCAGUUGACUUUCUAGGAAGACCGCAAGAGCGUGGAACAGAGUUAUAUCUGGGAGUGUAAUAUCCUCGUGGGAAAAUUUCCGUAAAAUUUCCGUAAAAUUUGCCGAUCCUUCUUGUUGAGUCCGCACUCGUUAACCAUGGGAUCUGUUACGGAAACGUUAAACGUUGAACAUUCCGAGGAAACCCACACCAACGUCGCGAAAGGCUUUCACGAGAGGGUAGCGAACGGAAACGCAUCUACGGAUGUUUUACGUGAAACGACCGUUAAUGUACUGCGAAAGAAAAUACAGGAAAUGAGAGAGGAUGUUCUGGGACAUGUCAACAAUCGCAUUAACGACAUGAUCGUCCGACUGAUCACGAAUGGAGAUAUUUUUUAUGUCUCCAAUUUUAUAUACGUUUGCAGGAAAUCCGACAAAAAAGAUGAGCUGCCAGACAAAGAAUUCCUCGAGAGGAACUCGUUGCUCACCGAUCUCUUCGAGAUCCCUCACAUUCGCACAGUUUACAAUAUGUUUAUGGUGACCCUCAUGCUUUUGUUUGUCAGUACAAUCGUAUCUGACAUUAUGGAUUCGGAAACAAUUCACAUCGGUACCAAUACAUUACGAAAAGGUUUCACAAAAUUCCCCACGUGUGUCUAUAUUUGGUUCUUCAUGCAAACCGCGACAUUCAGUCUUUAUGUGUUUUUCAACAUCUGGGCGUAUCAACGACUCAACUUCAUGCCAAAAUCUUUCUUUCGAAAAAUUUGGGAUUAUGGCUGGCUGUCAACCUUUAUUUUGUAUCAAGUUUUAUUUAUAGUUUUGCCAGUCAGAGCAGUGAUUAACGAAGAGCUUUCUGUAGGUUCUAGUGUAAUUAUUCUUGCAGAACAAUUACGCAUGAUGAUGAAGACACACGCUUUUGUCAGGAGCACGGCAUCCAGAUUCCUGUCGUAUAAACCACAUAAUGAAACUCCACGGCCGAAUGGUCCCAAGUUUUCACACUAUUUGUACUUUCUGUUUGCACCGACUCUUGUGUACCGUGAUGAAUAUCCCAGGACGAAGAAGAUCAGAUGGACGGUGGUAGCUCGAAACUUUGCUGAAGUUGGUUUAGCGAUCUUUUAUCUCGCCCUUAUUUUUGAACGUCUUAUAAUGCCGACAUUUCAAGUGUUCGGCACGCGACAUCUGGAUCAAAAAUGGUUCAUCAGGAGUAUAAUCGAAACAUCCAUUCCUGGCAUUCUCUACUUCGUCACUGGACAAUAUCUAUUGUUGCACUCGUGGAUGAAUGCUUGGGCAGAAAUGCUGAGAUUUGCCGACCGAUUAUUUUACAAGGACUGGUGGAACUGCACGACCUAUCAUACGUAUUACCGCACGUGGAAUUUGGUGGUGCACGACUGGCUGUAUACUUACGUCUACAAAGAUAUGUACGACAUCGUGGUGCCGCGUAACAAGACACUGUCGGCCGCUGCUGUAUUUCUCAUUUCCGCCGUCUUUCACGAAUACAUAAUUGCAUUCAUGUUCCGUUUCUUUUACCCAGUAAUGUUCGUCUUGUUCGCCGGCAUUGGUUUCGCGAUGUUUUUCGUUCGUAAAAUCGUCACCAGCAAUAUCUUCAUGUGGUUUUCCCUUACCCUUGGCAACGGCAUCAUGUUCACUCUGUACUCGAUAGAGAUCUACGCUCGGUUCAACUGUCCCCCUCAUCCCAAUUAUUACUUGGAUCUGUUCAUACCGCGAAGCUGGACCUGUUCAAGCCAAUUUGAUGUAUAGAUGAAUAGAUCGCGGUGAUAUCUAUACUAAACUUUUCGCAAGAUGAUGCAUUUCCUACGUUCUAUUACUAGAGAAGUGUUUUUGAAAAUUGUUAUGUGCGAGGAACUUGGUUUAGUAUUCAACUAAAUCGAGUACUUUAGUGACAUAAGAUCAUGUAUCAAUAAUAGGGACAAUGGAGAUCCUAAAGCUGUUGUUAAUGAAUUUAUUGCACGUGAAAUUGCACAUCUAUAUUCUUUUUUUAUAUUAUUUUUGAACCUAAAAGUAAUAAGUGUAAUUUUUUCAAGAAAUUAUUAACGAAAAGAAUAGAUGAAAAAUGUAUUUUUUUGCAAUUUUGCUAGAAUAAACGUUCAUAACUGAUGUUAAAACGUACUCAAAAACUAAAUGAUGAUUUCGCUCUUCGUACAUCUUAACACUAAACAUUACUAACUUUAUGAUAAAAAAAAA